UCAGCGCUUGGCAACGUGCAAGCUGUGUCCUUAUACGGACCAAUGAGAUCACCGCCAACGACCAUGCCCAGCCAAUCAGAAUCCAGAGUUUGUGCGCACGUUUGAAAAUCAGCCUGCUUGUUUCACGUCUGUUUGUGUCGGAGCACAAACAAAAAUCUAUAACGUUUUUAAAAAUUAAAACGAUAAAAGACAGCGGAAGUCAAGCAGACGAGUGACCAGAAGUGAAUGAAUCGCGGCAGGAGCUGCUGCUGUGUGCAUGAUGCCAUCCAGAACUGAAGACUAUGAGGUGUUGCUCACCAUAGGAUGUGGAUCUUAUGGGAAAUGCCAGAAAAUCAAGAGGAAAUCAGAUGGAAAGAUUCUGGUUUGGAAGGUGCUGGACUAUGGCACCAUGGCCGAGGCAGAGAAACAGAUGCUGGUGUCGGAGGUCAAUUUGCUCCGUGAGCUGAAGCACCCAAAUAUCGUCCGAUACUAUGACAGAAUUAUAGACCGGACAAACACAACAUUAUAUAUAGUGAUGGAGUACUGUGAGGGUGGGGAUCUCGCCAGCCUCAUCAACAGAUGCAUCAAAGACAGACGGUACCUAGAAGAAGAAUUCAUCCUACGUGUGAUGGCACAGUUGUCCCUGGCUUUAAAAGAGUGCCAUGGUAGAAGUAACGGCAGCAGUACAGUUCUGCACCGUGACCUGAAACCCGCAAACAUCUUUUUGGAUGUCAAACAGAAUGUAAAGCUUGGAGAUUUUGGUUUAGCUCGGAUACUGAACCAUGAUACAAGCUUUGCUAAAACAUUUGUUGGAACUCCAUAUUACAUGUCGCCGGAACAAAUUAAUCGCAUGUCCUACAAUGAAAAAUCAGAUAUAUGGUCUUUGGGAUGUUUACUCUAUGAACUAUGUGCUUUAUCAGCUGAGAGCUUGUUGAAGGCGUAUAAUUUGAUCCGGCAGCAGAGGGCGCUGUCUCUACUCAGUGCCAGUGACACAGAGAAUGAAGAGAACAUCUCCCCGGGAAAGAAGAGGGUUCACUUUGCAGGAGACGGCAAGGAAAACGGCAGACCUGAGAGCAGACUGAUCGCUAAACCUCAAGAACAUUGUCUUGUAAAGAGGUACCAAUGGGCUAACAUGCGUAUCCAAACUCUUGGUGAAGAGGAAAAGAUGUAUUCAUCAAAGCCCAGAGAGAUGCAGGGCAUCCGCUAACCAUGAACCACAAUUUACUACUGAAAGUGGAGCAUUAGUGGGAUCAAGAGUUUUAUUUACAGUUGUUUUCAUUAGGAAAUAAGAUUUGUGCUUUUAUUUAUUUGCUGCAGCAUUUGUACAGUACAGUGGAACAACACAUUUGUGGGCAUUACACUGGAUUAUUUUAUCAAAGAUAAUGUGCUGUAUUCUUGUCAUUUUAUAGAUGUUUUAUUGCCUGGA